AUGCGGAGCAAAACGAACCCAGUCACGUCUCUGCUGGAUGUGGUGCUGCAGAGGAAGCCCCAGGACGUGAUCCCGCCUACUACGCACAUCGUUCUCUUCCAAUUCAAGCAGAGCGUGACUCCAUUCCAGGUUAAGGAAAUCACGUCGAAAAUGCUGGCGUUGAAGAAGUCGUGCAUCCAUCCUAGCACACGAACUUCGUACAUCAAAUCGAUAACCGGUGGCAAAGAUAACUCGAUUGAAGAUCUACAGGACGGAAUAAGCCAUGCCUUCAUCGUCCAGUUCUACACCAACGAGGACCGGACCUACUAUGUCGACGAGGAUCCAGUUCAUCAAGCAUUCAAAGACGCUGUCAGCCCUUAUCUCGAGAAGACCCAAGUUGUAGACUUCCAGGAAGGCGUGUUCACGCAUGCGGAUUGA